UGGAGGAGGUGAAGCAGGUUGAAGAGGUGGAGGAGGUGAAGCAGGUGGAGGAGGUGGAAGAGGUGGAGGCUGUAGCCAGGAGAACGUCGACGCCACGCGGCAGCAAGCGCGACCGAGAUGCCGCAGGACGUCCCCGGAUCAGCCCCGAGGAAACCGCUGCCAGGAUGCCGCCACCACCACGGCCGCCACCACCGCGGCCGCCACAGGGGGCCCUCAGGAAGAGGACGAUGGCUCUGAAGAGAGGUGGUGGCGAGCCUGAGGAGGAGGAGGCUGGGGGGGGCAGAGUCCCCGAAGCGCCGGCGAAACGUCCGCGCCACGGCCCGGGACGGCGACGCCGGGACGAGGGAGUUCCCGCUCGGCACGCGGAAGCCGAGACCGGCGCCGGCGAGCGUGACGCCGCGUCCGGGCGAGAGCCUCCGGCCCGGGGGGAGGGGAAGAGGAGGAGCGCCGGUGGGCGAGCCGAGGGAGGGGAAGUGGAGCGGGCGAAGGGAUGGCGCCGCUUGCGCCUUGGCAACUCGGCGGAGGAGACUUCGACGAGGGGCGGGAGGGCGGAUGAGGACGACGAGGCGGAGCGUUCGUUGGUAAGCGGCGACGACGAUGAUGGGACUGCGGACGGAGAACGCGUGGCCGGAACUCCUGCCGCUGCCUCACCCAAAGCUGAGACCUCGUGGUACAGGCCUGGGGUGCGGUCCCCCUCCAGCACCCCGGCGCAGGGGAUCGGAGCCCCCCGAUUGGGGGCCUCGGGGAUCGCCGGCGCCGCCAGCCCCUCCAUGUCUCCCGACGCCGACCCCGAUGCUCUGUCGACUUUCACCAUCGAGGACAUCUUCGUGGAAGUCCAGUGACGUCCAGCUGCAGAGCCGAGCGCGAUGCGGGCUUCGCGCUCUGCAUCAUCAUCAUCAUUGGCAUCAUCAUCUUUAAUCCACGGUCAAUCAGCCGCUGGAUGAAGGCCGCCACCCCAAGCCGCCCACCGCCUCUCGCGAUCCCGCGAUGCGACCCGCGCGACGUAGCCACUCGCACGUGAGCUGAUGUCGUCGCCCUGUGGCUUCACUCUUCGUCAUCAUCAUCACCUUCGCGUUAAUAUUUACAUCGCGCCAAUACGUCUCGCGUCGCGCUUGUGGGGUGCCCAAGCCACCGCAUUUUUUCCCGCCGUGUUUAUCGCUUUGUUUGUUUAUUUAUCAAGUAUUUAUUAAGGAAUCGGCCUAUCAGAUGGUGAAAUCACCCGAGCCGUUUGUUGGCUCUGGAAGUUGCGGUCCAAAGGGUGGGUCGGCGACUUCGCUCGGUGCCGUGAAAUCGUGGGAAUGUGACGACUCGGUUUUUUUGCGAGUUGUCCACGUGUUGUAUUGUACGUUGAAUUUCUUUCGCAAGGACGAACAAACAAAACGCAGAAAGCGGUUCACAACUCGGGACGUGGACCGACUUUCUUUUCUUGCCAUCGCGGUCCCUCCGGGUAGCGUCUGCGGUGAUGUGUUCCGGACCGAUGUUUUGAAAACUUGGGGCUGCUAAUCGUUGCGGACCUCGAGAAUUUCCAAAAUCAUCCGGGAUUCGCCCUCAAUCUUCUCAGAUGUUUGAAGCUAAGCGGGGCCGCGUGGAUUUUACACCAGGCCCUCCGGUUUCCCCCUCCGCAUUUAGAAUCAGCAUCACGCGUUUAGAGUGUUUGGCUGCUAUAUAUUUCCACGUG